AUGAGCGAGAGUUUCGACCAGGAUUACCGUCUUGGAGAACUGCUCGGCCGCGGUCAGUUCGGCGCAGUAUAUAAGUGCUUCUCUGUCUCUACCGGCAAGGAUUUCGCCGUGAAAAUAAUCGACAAGUUCUCUGGUUGCUUCGAUCGCCGCUUGGUCUACUCCGAGAUCAAGUUAACCCUCCUCACGGCUUCUGAGAACCCACGCUCCAUCCAAAUCCACCAAGUAUAUGAAGACAUCACCGCCGUUUAUCUCAUCCUAGAUCUCUGUACUGGGCCAGAUCUCUUUGACCGCAUUGCCAGUCACGGUCCCUUCUUCGAGAGCGAGGCUGCUGCCCUCAUCACUGAAUUGGUGGAAGCAAUAGCAGAAUGCCACCGCCGCGGCAUCGCACACCGUGACAUAAAGCCAGAAAACAUAUUGUUCGGCUCCAACAGCCGUCUGCUUCUGGCUGAUUUUGGCUGCGCAGCACAGUUUGAGAAGGGAGCAAGAACUUUAAUGGGAAAAGUGGGAACUCCUGCUUAUGCUGCUCCGGAAGUAAUGGCCGGCGAAACCUACGAUGAGAAGGUGGAUGUGUGGAGCGCGGGGGUCGUCCUUUACUUGAUGUUGGGUUGGACAUUACCUUUUAAUGGUGAAACUGUGGAUGAGAUAGUGGCUGCUAUACAGAAAGGAGAUCCAGUUCGCUUCCCGAAGGAAUUCUUCCCCUGGUUAUCACGCGGAGCAGAGGAUCUGAUAGAACAGAUGCUUGCUAGAGAUCCAGCGAAGAGGCUCUCAGCAGAGCAAGGCAUCCAUGGAUCACGGAAAUGUCAAGGACAUGGAUAUAACAGGGGAAUUCAAUUAACAACGAGCCUGGAAAUUCAGCAACUUGAUAAGCAGGUUCAAGACACAAUAGCAAAGCACAAUGAGAAAUGUCGGAAACAAGCAAAUAAGACUCGCCGCUCUGUUGAGUUCAAAGAAGGGGAUCUCGUAUGGAUUCGGCUUAGAAAAGAAAGAUUUCCUCCUGGAGCUUUUUCUAAACUAAAGCAUAAAGCUGAUGGGCCUUUUCGUGUAAUCAAGAAGAUCAACAAUAACGCAUAUCAGAUAGAUCUUCCCGGUGAUUACCAGAUUUCUGCAACCUUCAAUGUCGCCGACUUGACGCCUCACUAUGAUAUGGACGUUCUUCCCACCCCAGGAGAAUGA